UUUAUUUGGAUUUAGGUUUUGUUUUGACUUAAUUUAGUUUUAAUUAAUUGAUAUUCAGUAAUGUGAUAAGUACAUUUUUCAUGAAACAUAAAUAAUUAUGGUAGCAAAGAAAUUUGUAAGGAUUGCUUUGGGAAUUUCAGGGGGCGUGGACAGUUCUGUAGCUGCUCUGAUUUUGAAAAGGAAAGGUUUAGAUGUUCAAGGUGUGUUCAUGAGAAAUUGGGAUGUCUCUGACGAAACAGGAAAGUGCUCUGUGAAUAAAGAUUUAGAAGAUGCUGAGAAAACAUGUUCAAAAUUAGGAAUUCCGCUUCAUGAAGUGAACUUUUCUAAAGAGUACUGGAAUUUUGUGUUCAGUGAUUUCAUCGAACAAUAUCAGAUGGGUAAAACACCCAAUCCUGACAUUCUGUGUAAUAAAUUUAUCAAGUUUAACCAAUUUGUAAAUUAUUCUUUAAAUAGGUUGGGAGCUGAUGCAAUAGCAACAGGUCACUAUGCGCAAACAUCCUUUGGGCCAUUUUUAGAAGCUUUUGAUAACCAACAAGGAGUUAGACUGUUAAAAGCCGUAGACUCAUUUAAAGAUCAAACGCUUUUCCUUCAUCAAGUACACCAAGAAGCUUUACAAAAGACAAUGUUUCCUUUAGGUAAAUUCAAAAAGGCUCAAGUAAAAUCCAUUGCUAGAGAAAAUAACCUUAUGCAUGUUUUAAAUAAAAAGGAAAGUACAGGAAUCUGUUUUGUAGGCAAAAGAAAUUUUUCCCAAUUUAUAUCCGAGUACAUACCAGACAGACCAGGAGUAUUUGUUGAUAUAGAUUCUGGCAAGGUUGUUGGGUCUCAUAAAGGUAUCCACUAUUGGACGAUUGGUCAGCGAUGUAGGAUAGGCGGGAAUCCUGACCGCUGCUUUGUUGCAAGGUUAAUUCCAGAAACGCAAGAGGUUCAGGUAGCUUUUGGUGCAAAUCAUCCUGUUUUGUGGAGUCAACAUAUAACAACAUCAAGAGCCCACUGGAUACAUUCUGAACCAGAAAUCCUAAGGGAAGGUGGAGUACUUGACUGUGAUUUUCGCUUUCAGCAUACGGAUCCACUUUUACCAUGUAAAGUAAUGUUAAAGGAUAACGACUCUCUUCUUAUCAAACUAGAUAAACCGUUGUUUGCCAUAACUUCUGGACAGUUUGCUGUGUUGUACAAAGGUAAUGAAUGUUUAGGAGGAGCUCAAAUAAAAAAUUCAGCACCCAGUUUUUUCUCUCAAUAUUGCUUAGAUAACAAAUUAAAUUACAAUUUUCAAUCUCAUAAAACUCACGAUUUUUGUAACAAAUAGCUUGAUUAAA